CGUGUUUUAAAAAAGAAAAAAAAAUCUCGAUCAAGCCGGAGGAAAAAAAAGCAUCAGAGAGAGAUAUGUCUUCAAAGGACAAGCAACCGUCGAAGCCGUCUGGUGGUCGGACCAGUGGUAUCCGUACACUUUCCGAUCUGAACCGAAGAUCAGGACCGGACUCCGACAGUGACUCCGAUGGACCUCAAGAGUACUACACCGGCGGAGAGAAAAGUGGUAUGCUAGUUCAGGAUCCUUCGAAAGAACCGAAACACCACGAUGAUGUUGAUGAUAUAUUCAACCAAGCAAGACAACUAGGAGCGGUGGAAGGACCUCUUGAGCGUCCUUCGAGUUCCAGCAGAAGCUUCACUGGAACCGGGAGAUUGCUUUCAGGAGAAAGCGUGCCAACCGCUCUUCAACCUCCCGAGCCUGUGAUUCACAGUAUCGUUUUCUGGUCUAAUGGUUUCACUGUUGAUGAUGGACCUUUGAGGAAGUUGGACGAUCCAGAGAACGCCUCUUUUCUCGACAGCAUUCGAAAAUCUGAAUGUCCUAAAGAGCUUGAGCCUGCUGAUAAAAGAGCUCCUGUACAUGUUAAUCUUAUGAGAAGAGACGAGAAAUGCCCCGAACGUGAGAAACCUACGGUUGCAUUUCAAGGAGUGGGAAGGACACUAGGAGGCGCUGCUGUUAGCUCAUCAACCCCUCCAAGCCUAAGCAACCCAACCGAUGUAGCAGCGGCUCCAUCACCGUCGCAGAGUCUUGUUGUAGUUGAUGAAACUCUUCCAUCCACAUCUAUCCAGCUUAGACUCGCUGACGGGACACGCAUGGUGGCUAAGUUCAAUAACCAUCACACGGUCAACGACAUUCGUGCUUUUAUUGACUUUUCUCGACCAGGGAAUCCAAUCAACUACAGCCUUCAGGUCAUGGGGUUCCCACCUAAGCCGCUUACUGAUCCUUUUCAGACCAUUGAUGAAGCCGGUCUCGCAAACUCUGUAGUCAUUCAGAAAUUCUAGAAACUUUUUUUGUUUCUUUUGUUGUUCUUAAAGAGAGUAUUGUUACACUCCAAGAUUAUCCAAGAAAUGUUCUGAUUUGUAAGAAAAAGUGCACAAUCGGCUUAUUAUGGCAAGAAGGAAAAAACAAUGUCAUACUAUUUCAUAAGUGGAAAGUUUGGUUACAAAGUAA